UAUGUGUUCAGGAAGACGUCAGUGGACAUGUGCCCAAAUCCGUACGCGCGCAGCUUGGUAUUUGACAAUAUUCGUUCCAGCAUCUCUAGGGCACUCUUGCGGUCUGUAGCCGAUACAUAUGGAGACAAACUAGAACACAUUGCCUUCAUGCAUACCAUCUAUAAUCCUCCUGUGCCUUUCUCAGAUUUGGAGGACCUGCCUACUACCAUCCAGUACAUGGCAUCUAGACUGGAGUGUGUGCACACUGUGCUGCUUAACCUCUUCAUCCCAAAAGAUGCACUUAUCACCCUGGCUCGACAUGCCCCAGCUCUCAAGACGCUGCUGGUCUAUGAACAUAAAAUUAUGUUUGACAGACAUGCAGUCAACACAGUUGAGGAAACAGAGGAACUGAAAAGCAUAAUUUCUGAGGCACUUGGAUAUUCCUGGAAACCUAUGAAAGAAGAUGACAAUUUUUAUAAACUAUCUGGCUAUAAGCAGAGACUGCUGUUUCAGAAUUAUUUUCGCGUGUUCAAUGGUUUCCUCUGAACAUAGCAGACAUCUGUCAGUCACAAACCAGAC